GCAACUGGCGACGAGCGACGACUAGAUCGCCACAACUUACAACCUUCACGACCAAGACAGCAUUUUACCUGACACCAGAACCGUUGUCGCCGAUCCCCCAAUUUUCUCAACGAUAGCAAACAUGGACCCGGGCCGUAGAGCCAUGCUCUCUGGGCGCAGAUCACCCAGCCGCAGAGAUCGCGAAAGAGACAGAGACAUAGCCUCUCCACGACGCGACCCGAACAACCGCAUCACCAAACCCUCGAACCCUCCCCCUUCUUCGAGGCCACGUCAGAACAACAACUCGAGCUACAUGACGCAGGAUGAGCAGUCUAGACAGUUUGUUGCCGACGAGGACAAGUUCGUUCUGAAACAGGCCAAGAAGAAGGCUGAUAUUCGAGUUCGGGAAGGCCGAGCCAAGCCUAUUGAUCUGCUGGCCUUCAAUCUGCGCUUCAUCGACGACGACCGGGACGUCUUCGACGACGACGAUGCUGAUCUACACCUCAAUGUGGCUUCUCCAGAGGAGGUCCUGCAGGGGCUCGACGAAUCACAGCUUCGAGACCUGGAUUCUGACAUCACGUCCUACCACACCCUCGAGCAGAACGACCGCAACCGCGAGUACUGGACAUCGCUGCAAACUAUCUGUGCCGACAGGCGGCAGAAGCUGAAACCACAAGGUCCAGACGCUCGGGUCGUCAGCACAGUAUCCGAAGACGUCGACAAGAUCCUGCGCCCCAAGACGUACGAGCAGCUCGAGGCACUCGAAUCACAGAUCAAGGCAAAGCUCCGCUCCAACGACGAUAUCGAUGUCGACUACUGGGAGCAGCUCCUGCGCAGUCUGUUGGUGUGGAAGGCUAAGGCCAAGCUGAGAAAGGUGUCCGAAGCAAUCAACGACAGCAAAGCCGCAUUGCUCAAGCUGCAGGAUCCGGAAAAGGCAAAGGCACUAGGACAACACCAGGCCAACCAUGCCAAUUCUAUUUCGGGCCCUGCAGCAGUCAGGAACUUGUCAUCUGAACCAAGCAGGACGGAAACAAAGGCGGUACCUGUUUCAAGUGCGCCCCCAGGAACAGCUCGAUUUGCACAGAUGGGCAACGAAGACUUCUCCCAAGCCACCAAAGCACUAUACGACCGUGAGGUCGCGCGUGGUAUUGGCGAAGACGAGGAGAUAUUCACGGCAGAAGAGACCGUUGCAAGUGGUUCGAAACCUCAAUGGGCUGAUAAGCAUCGGCCACGAAAGCCGAAAUACUUCAACCGCGUUCAGAUGGGCUACGAAUGGAACAAGUACAACCAGACACAUUACGAUCACGACAACCCUCCGCCCAAGGUUGUCCAGGGCUACAAGUUCAAUAUCUUCUAUCCCGAACUCAUCGACAAAACCAAGGCGCCCACUUUCAAAAUCAUUCGAGAACACGGUAGAAAAAGGGGAGAGUCUUUUGCCGCAGCAGGGGAGGAAGAUACGUGCCUCAUCCGUUUCAUCGCAGGUCCCCCAUACGAAGACAUUGCGUUUAGAAUCGUGGACCGCGAGUGGGAUUACAGUGCAAAGAAGGAUCGGGGCUUCAGAAGUUCCUUCGAUAAGGGUAUCCUGCAACUGCACUUUCAAUUCAAAAAGAUCUACUACCGGAAGUAAUUGUCCCCAGAAUCGGGCUGGGGUUGGAAAGGAGGCUCGCUCGUAUUGUCACGAUGCAUCUACGAUGUCACGAUGUGACAGAAUCAACCGGCUGGGCGGAUACAUCGUGACAACGUUUGGGGUUGGGAGGUUGUUUUGUUUUUGGCCGGGCCAGAAGCCAGGACAGAUCUGUAUCUGCUCUCC